AUGGGAGCCGUCGGCCACGGGUGCGCAGGCGCUGCUCUAUGACUCGACAAGCAACAUCAGCACGAGUUACGGCAUUCAGUCGUGGAUCCGAGCGGGCGUCCCGCCGAAGAAGCUGGUCAUGGGUCUACCCUUGUAUGGUCGCACAUGGAAGCUGAAGGACCCGAAUGUACACGGCAUUGGAGCGCCAGCAGUCGGCGUGGGUCCUGGCGAUAAUGGGGUGUUACUGUACUUUCAGAUUGUGGAAUUUAAUGCGGCCAAUAAUGCAACAGAGGAGUUUGAUAAAAAGACAGUGUCCACUUACUCCUAUGCAGGAACCAAUUGGCUUGGCUACGAUAAUGCCACGUCCAUCAGAUACAAAGUGGAGUUCGCCCGAGAACGCCGCCUUGGUGGGUACUUCUUCUGGGCACUUGGAUAUGAUAAGGACUGGACUCUAACGAAGGAAGCUUCCAGGACGUGGAACCGUCGAUACUAAAAAGCACAGUGGAUUUGUGUGCAGGGUGCAACUCGUUCUCCAAUUUAAUAAGAAUCGGUUGUUUUCUAUGUAAUUUGAAAGCAUUUGAGAUUUGUCUUAUGAAUAAAUCAGGGUCUGACAACUGAAAAUCCCUUGCUUCAUUUCGUGUUUUAA